CAUGUGCUCCGUUUUAGUUGCUAUAGCGACAUGUUUCCCUAACCCUCUCCGGUUUUUUUUCUUCUUCCUCUCAUCACCCACCCUUGCUUUUGUGCGUGCGUGUGUAUGUGUGUGUGUGCGCGUGUUGGUAGGUAGGUCCACAAUGUUUCACGGGCAGCAGCAGCAUCUUGCAGCACGCAGAACGAUGCUUGCCAGCCGGUGAACGAGGAGUGAUUCAGCAUCCGUUUUUUUCUGUUGCUCAACGCCACGAUUGUUUUGUGAGAUUUAUUUUUGUAUUGUUGUCGCGCUUUUCCCAUCAGCAGCCUUUCACCCGUCAUUCCAAGCAAGGUCACCGUAGAGGGAAAAGACAGUAUAACAAUGUUUCCAGUCGGAAUGUUUUGAGCAGGACUGGACCAGGACUGUUCCCGGACUCGGAUCGGACCGUCAUCAGCUGGCACGGAAUGGUAUUUAUGAGCAGACAUUUCUUAUACAACUGCAGCCAACCCAUCCUGGAUGUGAAGAUAGCUUUUUGUCAGGUGUGUGUUCCUUACAGGUAAAAAUAAGGGUUUUGGAAAACAAGUGGAUGUGUCAUAUAUCGGCAAGCAUUACAACAUGAGUAAAAGCAAAGUGGACAACCAGUUCUACAGCGUGGAAGUGGGAGACUCUACCUUCACAGUCCUAAAGCGCUACCAGAAUCUCAAACCCAUUGGCUCGGGGGCCCAGGGCAUCGUAUGCGCGGGCUACGAUGCGGUCCUGGACAGAAAUGUGGCCAUCAAAAAGCUGAGCAGACCGUUCCAGAACCAGACGCACUCUAAGAGGGCGUACCGGGAGCUAGUGCUCAUGAAAUGUGUCAACCACAAAAACAUCAUCAGUUUAUUAAAUGUUUUCACACCACAGAAAUCAUUAGAGGAAUUCCAAGAUGUGUAUCUCGUGAUGGAGCUAAUGGAUGCCAACCUGUGCCAGGUGAUCCAGAUGGAGCUGGACCACGAGAGGAUGUCCUACCUGCUCUACCAGAUGCUCUGUGGCAUCAAGCACCUGCAUGCCGCCGGCAUCAUCCACAGGGACCUGAAGCCAAGCAAUAUCGUGGUAAAGUCAGACUGCACCCUGAAGAUCUUGGACUUCGGCCUGGCCAGGACAGCUGGCACCAGCUUCAUGAUGACCCCCUACGUGGUGACCAGAUACUACAGAGCGCCAGAGGUCAUCCUGGGCAUGGGCUACAAGGAGAACGUCGACAUAUGGUCAGUGGGAUGCAUUAUGGGAGAAAUGGUGCGCCACAAAAUACUCUUCCCAGGCAGGGACUACAUCGACCAAUGGAACAAGGUCAUAGAGCAGCUGGGCACGCCGCAAGCAGAGUUCAUGAAGAAGCUGCAGCCCACGGUCCGCAACUACGUGGAGAACCGGCCAAAGUACGCCGGCCUCACCUUCCCCAAGCUCUUCCCAGACUGCCUGUUCCCGGCAGACUCUGAGCACAACAAACUCAAAGCCAGUCAGGCCAGAGACCUGCUGUCCAAGAUGCUGAUCAUAGACCCCUCUAAGAGGAUAUCAGUGGACGAGGCCCUGCAGCACCCCUACAUCAACGUGUGGUACGACCCAGCCGAGGUGGAGGCGGCCCGAGAUCUCGUCCAAAUAUCAAUGCCUCCACCUGCGAUCUACGACAAGCAGCUGGAUGAGAGAGAACACUCCAUUGAUGAAUGGAAAGAGCUGAUCUACAAAGAGGUGAUGAACUUUGAGGAGAGAACGAAGAAUGGCGUUGUGAAGGGUCAGCCUUCACCCUCAGGUGCAGCCGUGAACAGCAGCGAGAGCCUCCCUCCGUCCACCUCCGUCAACGACAUCUCCUCCAUGUCCACCGACCAGACCCUGGCUUCAGACACCGACAGCAGCCUGGAGACCUCCGUGGGGCCGCUGGGGUGCUGCAGGUGACUAGCAGCCUGCCUGCGCAACCCCAUGUUCUUCCGUCGUUGAAGAACACACCCUAGGGCCCCCCCACCCACCCACUAACCAACCGGCCCCCCCACCAAACGAUCCAAAACUUAAAAUAGAAAGAAAACGACAAACAAAGAAUAUAAAAACACACACAAAAUAAAGUUUAACUUCAGGAAAAAUAGAAGUAGGUGAGACAUUCACGCGAAAACGACACAUUACCAAAAUCUCAAGCCUGCAUAUUUUGCUUAAAAUGAGAAAGAAAGAAAAUAAUCAAUUGUAUUUCAAAUAAAUUAAAUAGGCCGACAUACUUGUUUAUGAAAUCUAGUUGCUUUUCGCUUAUAUCUCCACCUCUCUCGCAUUACAUACAAAUAUAUGUAUACACAUAUAUAUAAUAUAUAUGUAUAUGUAUAUAUAUAUACAUAUUAAAAUGCUUAUACCUCUCCCUGCAAACUGUACAGUGGCCAGCUACUGGUCUCCCGCCAUUACCUUUCAAAAUGUUUAUGCUUCCACCACCCAUCUGGUAAGGUGGUGCUGCGGUUUCCUCCAUCACAUCUCUGUAUAAAAUACAAAGAGAAAAAUACUUCACUUUUGUCCACUUUUACUCCCAUGCAACCCCUAUGUGAUGAUGAAACUUAAAUGGAAAUUAACCCUUCUCACCUGUGUGUGAGACCCCCUCCCCCCCAUCUAUCCACCCCCAGGAGCCUAACGUGAGGGUGCCAGAUGUAUGUUUGUAUGUAUGUGACUCUUCUGCAGGGAGCAUUCUUAACUGUUCCUUUGUUUUUGUAAAUACUGUAAUUCUGUACAGCUGAUGGGGGCGCAUGCAGUGAGUGGGACUUACGGCCAGUGUACACGUUCAGACACACACACACACACGCAAACAAACACACACACACACACACACAGAAACAAGUUCCUCGACUAGCACACCUUGCCACAUCACAUCAUCCCUUCCACCUUAGACCCGCCCCCCUGCCUGAAACCCAUUGUCUUCUUGCAUGGUUAAAUGAUGCUACGCUAAACCCACUGUUUGCUAAAGAUGAGUCUGUAUAGACACCUUUUUGUUUUGUUUGUGGACAAAAAAAACAACUUCAAAUCCAUACUCAAGGGAUUCUGUUUAGACGAUAAGGAUAGUAGUGUGCAUGUGUGUGCGUUUGUGUGUGUGUGUGUGCGUUUUUGUGCGUGAGACGUGAGGUUGUGUCAAUCAAACACAUGCAAAGACUGUAGGGAAAUUCAGUCAAGUGAAUGUCUUUUUGUUACUGCGUUCCGCUCGAAAAGGGUCAGUACACUUUUCUGCUAACAAGUUAAUUUUCCCCCCUCUUUUUGUAUCUGUUAGAUAAUAUAUGUGGACUGUGCCAUUCAAGUUUGUCUAGCACGCCAUUCACUGGUUGGCCAACAGCACUGCAUGUAAUUAUGAACCCUUUUCACCCCCCUAUACAAGGCAGGUUUGUCCUUUUCCAAGUCAAGGUGGUGGAUAUAUCUAGAGAUUGUGUGGUGUGAUGUGAAGGAUGAAAGUGUAGGCACAAAGGCAGGGUGGUGAGUUUUUACCUCAAUGUGCUUCUAUUUUUUUUGGUCUAAAAUAUACAUUUUAGUGACAUAACCGCUUAUUCCAUCCGUUUGUGAUUUAAAAAAAGGGAAUAGGAAAUAGAAAUACCUGUUAUUUAUUGCAUUAUUUAUUAUUACAUUAUUAGAAUUAAUAUUAUUAUUACUAAAACUGAAACUGAAUCUGGCAAGUGCCUUUUGGAAUGAUACAGUUUAUUUUUCUGUCAAUGUAAAGGGAUGGAGGAAAGGAGCUCUUGAAGUUUCUAACUGACAGAAGUUUCUUCAAGGAGGGUCACUCACCACAAUGCAAUAAUCCUACUUCUCCUGGUUUGUUUUCCUUGCGACCUCCAUCUCUCCUCUCUGUCUUAACCAAUCCUCUCAUUUCACUUCAUUGGUGAGCCACAAAAAAAAAAAGAACUACAUCUCAGUUGUUGCUAGGCAAUGUUCUCAAGUUUAUAAUAUCAUAUUAUCCAAAGCGUUUGUGUGGGUGGAAGGAACAGCACGGAAUUUAAGAGCAGCCUUUUGAGAAUAUAUUCCGGUCACUUAAAUAAAUGAUUAAAGUUAGAAGUGCAGUAAGGCCCAUGUUCAUCCAUCAUAGCAGACACAGCAUCAAUACUACUAGGCUUUAUUUAUGACUCUGUUCUCUGCAUGAAUAUUACUCACAUAUCAUUUGUAUGCACUAUAGGUGUGAUCCGCCACAAUUCAACUUUUGCUCCUCACACUUAAAUGCUUGUCUACUUAAAAGCUUUUUUUUCAUUUACUUGUUUAGAUUUUAUUUAAUUGGAUGUAUUCCAUUCAUGUAAAUAAUGAAAUAAUCAUAUUUUACACAGGGCUGUACAUCUGCUGUAUGGUAUAGGACUACACCCUGAAUUGGCAGGUAGACAUUUUUUUCUUUGUGGGCAGAGAUUAGAUUAGAGUAACAUAUCACUUACCUAACCCAUUUUUGCACAGGGACCCUAUCAAUCUCUUCCAUCUGUAAAUAAGGUGUAAACUGCAGGUACAGAAACCAUUCCUACGAAUAGUGCUACAAUAAACGACUAUAAGUAACACAAUUCCAUCUACUAUAUGAAUACUAUGGAUUGUCCCUUUGCCAAGUAGGAAUCGCAGAUGACUAAUAUCUCCUAAAAGACGAAUACCUGUGUGGCGUCCUGAUCAUUCCAUACAUGAAUUGCCACUCAUUGCUCAUUAAAGGGAGCGUGAAGGGACGUAUCGCCGUGCGCCGUGUUCUGAGGCAGAACCAACAGAACAACAGAGGCAGCGACCUCACAACAUGGCCCGUUCACCACGGGUUGACGUCCACUUCAUGAUCCCUAGUGGCAUUUGCAUGUCAACGCCGGCCCUAACACAACAACACGCACUAUAAUACCAAAAGCUGUGGCCAUAACUCAUAACCAUUAUCGUGUUUGUCCUCUAACCCUGUGCUUUAUGUCUCAAACCCCCUACCUUUACCAGUGUAGGUAAAGGCGGAGAGAAAAGGGGAGGAGGAGGGAGGCUUCUCCAUCGUAGGGUUAGCCUAGCGGUUAGCCUAGCGAGCUAAACUAAGCUAGCUUCAGGGUCUGGUCUGGGCACUGUAAAAAACAGGGGUGUCAUUUAGUAGUUUGAAAUAAUGUACUGAAUUUCUGCUACUGGGUUUAUUGUGUUAAAGCGGGUUGUAUCUUUUCCACAGGGCAUUUUUAACCAUGACACCGAUUUCCUUUUUCACUAAAAUAAAUAAUGUCAUACUUACAUACACGUUGACGCACGUUGGUACUUUUAUCUCCACGUUCCCUUUCUCUGAAUGUGAUUUUUUUUUUUAUUGUGAUAUGAAAACCACUUAUUACAGUUCAGUUAAGUUUCUCUCAACAUGGGGGUGGGGGGGUCUCUGAGCACUGAAUGUAGAAAUGUAUGUUUUCUCUCUAUCGCUAUACAGUUCAUACAUGCGCGUGUGCAACGAGAAAGAAACCAGCAUUCCUCAUAUGACUUCAGGAAUGUUGAUGGAUAGCGUAUACGUGGGCUGGAUUGUGUGUGUGUGUGUGUGUGUGCGCGCGCGUGUGUGUGUGUGUGUGUGUGUGUGUGUGUGUGUGUGUGUGUGUGUGCGCGCGCGCAUGCGUGUGUGUGCGCGUGUAUUUGGAAAUUAGCGUGUUCAUUUUCAUUCACAUUUACGGUAGAAAUGUAGAAAUAGUUACGUGUUCAAAUCCCCUAUGAAACAAAGAUUAUAUGAUGGAAGCGUUAUUCUUUUUUAAAAUCGAAUAUUUUGGAUUAAAUUUGAUGAAUUUGAAUGCCAUUCAUGUUUAAAGAAGACGAGUUUCAGUCACAAUCAAAACAAUUAUCAAAUUAUCAAGCCAAAAAAAUAAAUAAAUAAAAUUAGGUUCUAAAACUGCCCAAUAAAUAAUAUCUAUCACUUUUUGAUCAUUGGCAAAAUAUAUAUAUACAUUUAUGGGAAGAAGUGACUGCAGUCAGACAGGGGGGUGAGAGGUCAAGGAGAAAAUGCUAACAGGCCUAUGUGUUUUAGGAGUUUUAAACGUGAAAACCCUCUAAGCAGAUGAGACACCAUGUAUAGUUAAUCUGAAUCAGGUGGUGUGUUUUAGUUUUUGUUCAUUUUAUUCUAUGCUGGUUAAUGAAAACAGGUUGACCAUACCAGGUUUCAAAUGUAUCCGUUUUCAUGCAGAUGAUUUUGAAGCUUCAGGCGUUCAUAGAAUUCCAAAUAAAGUCUAAAAUAAAACAAAUGCAAAUGAAAAGAAGUGGUUCAAAAAAUUACUGAAAGCUGUAACGUUAAACACUCAACAUUUUAAAGGAACUGUGUAUGUAAAAAAUAGUAUAUGUAUGUGAUUGAAAAUAAACAAAAACCUUUGACCUUGGAAUUGUGUGGUUUUUUCUUUAUUUGUAUUUGACCCAUGUUGUUUGUUCACACCCUUUAAGGCCAACUUAUCAAUGAAUAAUAACCAAUCUUCCACCUAUAUAACCACAUCAAUCAAAACUAUCAAUCAACCAAGCAAUACACCAAUCCCUUAUGGAAUCCCCCUUAAAAUGAAUUAUUUACCCACCUUGCGACUGCAGCUAAAGCAAUUCUGUGAAGGUAUACAAUGCUAUUUAACAUUUAUUCAAAUCUUAAAGUUUAAUAUACUUCCAAAAUGAAAAGUAGACUUUGAUUCUUUGUAAUGAAGUUAGAAUAUGUACAUCUUUGGUGAGGCAUGUGAAGAUGAUACAACAAAACACACAAACAACAGAAGAGCUGACAUAAAAACACUUGUUUAUUCAUCAAUAACAAAUUGGACAUUUUGUUGUGUGUCAAGUAUUCAUGCCAGGAACAUUUUCCAUUGCCCCCAAACUCCCGUCUUUCCUCUCUUUGCUAAUCUAUUUCUUGUCAUCUGUCCUAUUGUGAGUGGGUUCACACACACGCACAUACAUACAUACACACACACUGUUGUGAUGUACCGCCAGUCUAAAGCCUGCUAGAGGGCAUUGCGACGAGAAUCCCAGACUCUCCUUCUGGCCCUCGUUUAGUUCAGGCACUUUUGAUUGACAGAUUUUUAAAAUGGUCUGCACAUUCCAAACGUCCCAUCAUGCAACAGUGGCGAGAGAAGGCUGAGAGUGAUGGAUCUGGUGGCCUCCACUUGACAGUCAGGUCUGCGUUGGUGUGUGUGUGUGUGCAUGGACUUGUGUUUUGUAUCUGUGACUGUGAGUGUUGGAAAUGAUGUAUGCCAUGUUUGUCUAACAGUCUAUUCACAUCUCUGAACUCAAACAAAAAUCUGAAGAUAGACUGUUUUAAAGCUACAUGAUAAUCAAAUAUAA